UUAAAUGUUAUGGAAAAAAUAUUCUUUAAUGUACCAUUCCAAGUUUCUCAAAACUUUUAACAUGAAUAAAAGAAUUCAUCACACAGAUUAAAUGCAGUCUAAUAAACGUAUGAACUACAGACGUAACAGAUUAGUUGCAGUGUAUCGUGAAGUAACUGGUUAACAAAUUAUAUCAUUAUGAUUAUACGAGUGAUCAUCUUAUAUGUGCAUUAGAUCGUGCUCCAGUUAGUGAAACAUUCAUAUCAUGGGAAAGAAUAAACAAGCUCAGCGUACCAAGAAUAAUGCAAGGCCAUCCAGCAGUGGUCGCAGUGCAGAACUCCUUGGAACUUCUAUGCCAACAUUUGUUGGUUUUUCAGCAGUCAAGGAUGGAGGCUAUGUGCCUGUCCUACCAGGCCUUUCUCUGAGUGCAAAUGAAGUUGAAAUUAAUAACUUAGACUCUAAUUUUCAAUUAGUUUUCAAAAAGAUGAACAAAAAAGAUGCGACAACAAGACUAAAGGGUUUACAAGAGUUUGCUGAAUUAUGUCGUACUUCAGCAUUAGCAGACGUUGAAAGCAUGUUGCCAUUUUGGCCUCAUUUAUACUGUCUCUUGGUCGUUGACGUCGAACACAGAGUACGGGAGGCUGCUCAUUUAGCUCAUGCAGCUGUUAUUAGGCGUGUUGGAAAAAAUAUAGCUAUUUAUUUGAAACAGCUUGCUGGACCUUGGUUUACCUCUCAGUAUGACACCUAUCCUCCAGCAGCUUCUGCAGCCACAAAUUGUUUCCAUGAAACAUUUCCACCAAACAAAAUCAUUGAUGCAAUUGUUCAUUGCCAGUACGAAAUAUUGUCAUACAUUUGUGACAAUAUUACGGUUCAAACGGCACAAUCAUUAAAUACACAUAAGACUUUCACUGCUGAAGAAAUAGAAGCAAGAUAUCAGAGGGUUUUAGUCUCAAGUUUACAAGGCUACUGUCUCUAUUUCAAAUCAGUUCCACCACGUCAAAUUGAAAAGACAAAAGAAAUACAUUUGAAAAUUAUCAGCAGUAGUAAAUUUUGGAAGUUAGCCAAGCAUGAGGUACCACUUAUUAAGACAGCAUUCUUCAAUGUUCUUACAUCCAUAAUUGAGUAUGCUAGUGAGUUAUUGAAAGAUGAAAAAAAGAAAACUAUAACUGCUAUCAUGAAUAGUCUGGAUGAAACAGAACCUGGACUUUUAUCUGCAGUAUGGGAAUCAGUUCUCGUAGCCAUCAAUAAAAUAGAAGAUUGGCAUACAGUAGUAAAUAUGGAAAAGCUGGUUCUACCAAAACUAUGGAGAGUAUUAAGAAAUGGUGGUCAGUGUUGUGCUACUGUUGUUUAUCCAAACUUGUUACCUUUUCUUAGUCAAUUUCCAAAGCUUAACGUUCUCAAGACAAGCCUGUAUACAAAUUUCUUCGACAAUAUGCGCGAAGGAUUCUCAGCAAAGAGUGUGCUCCUGAGUCGCUCAGAAAUAUUCGCAGUGACUACAUCAUUUACCGAAUGUUUACGUUACGUGAUACAUCUUAAUAGCAACGAUAAAGAGUUAUGUGAGAAACUUCUUCAAGAACAGCUGAUUACAAUGAUAGAAUUUUGUGCAAAAGAAAAUACUCCAAUUAAAUCAAUUCUAUUUAGCCAAAUCACUCAAUUGGUUCGAUAUUGGAGUAAGAAUCGUGAUAAUCCAGAAUCCAAAUUAUAUUCUUAUUUAGUACAAGAGUUUUGGCAAUACCUGGAAUUAAUGUUUAACAAACUAAUGGAUGAUGCUAAUGAAAACUUCGAUACGAUUUCUACAGCCAACAUACGCAAUUCUCAAAUUGAUUUACUCCUGACACUGAAAAACGCACCAGUUCAAAGUCGUAAAAACUUACGAGUCAAGUUUUCCGACAGAGAAAAAUUGGUGGAAACUCUAUCUCAAGACAGUAAAUCCAAAGCGGAAGAUGACAUGAUGUUCCAGAAAGAACUUAAUGAGUUCGUAAACAAAAUCUGUGUAACAUAUUACAGCAAGAUAGAUGCUAAUAGCUUCCGACAAAACAUAGGGUAUCUGAACAAACUUAUGUCUAAUUUUGAAAGCAAGGAUCUUUUUGUAGCACUGGCUAAACUAUAUAAUGCAGAUGCAGAUCUCUUUGACUUUUAUAAGGAUAACUUAAAGGAUUGGUUGAUUGAGAAGCCUGAUGAAAUAGAAACUAUCAUCGAAUUUGUAUUCAGUUUAAUUAGGCAUAUGGAUUCACCUGGCAAAAAUGAAGUAUUAACUUCACUAAUAGAGUUGAACAAUGACAAGGUAUUAAGACAUGCUGUACAUUGUGCAUUAUCGAAAAAGGAUAAUACUGACACUAUUGUGAAAGAAUGGUGUGCAAGAUCUAACGUGACGGCUCUUCUGAUUGAUGUUGCCAAACAAAUAGCCUCCAAUGAUUCUUCUACUGACUCAGAUAUUAAUAAGAAAAUUCUGAUGCUAGCUUUUGAAACUUCAAAUGAUGGUGAUUUGUUAAUUAAUGAAGAAGUUACGAAUCACAUUUGUAAUAUAUUAUGCGAUUCAUUGAAUGAAAAUACUCAGUCUGAUAUAACGAAUCUUGCUGAAUUAGUAUCACAACUUUUAUCGCUUAUAUGGACACACAAAAAACCCGAAACUGGCUCCAUUCGAAUGCUUGAAUCCAUAUUCGAAUUAACUACCAGACAUAACUUUUCUGAUAAUUCAUCAAUUUCACUGGAAAAUUUACGGUUGACGUGGAAAAAAGGUCUUAUUGAAAUUUCAAAAAAAAUUUCCUUGACUAGAUUUACUGAUCUUGCAAAGAGAUUUGCCAACGUUAUCUGGAAAAAAGUUUUUAACUCUGAAGAGAAUCAGUUUACAGAUAUUUUAGUCGAUGCAGCUACAGAUUUUGUAGAGGUUGUAGUCAACAAUAGUUGUAAUUAUCAGCUUAACGACGUCAAAGACGUAAUCUUAACAUUUUUAACUGAGUCUAACAUCAAAGAAUGUAUAACUGAUUUUACAAAAAUAGUUUUGCACGGUGAAAUUAUGUCUGGUAAUUUGUACGUAUCACAACUCGUGCAAAAAGUGCGAAUUGGCCAGGAACUUGUAUCUAUAGAUUUCUCUACGGAAGUUUUCUCGGAUAACAUUGAGAAUUCUUUGAGAUGGGCUUUAUUCAGUGGAAAACUUCAGAAUAAAUUACUGUCAAAUAUAUCUGAAGAUGACUGUAAUGAUGAUGAAAACGAUGAAUUAUACAAUGUUGAAGAUCGCAAUUUACAAGAGAAAUAUUGUAUGACCCAACACGCUUUUCCAGCUAUUGAAGAAAUAUUGACAGAUAUUGUAUACAUUGUUACACUGGGACAUUUAUACGGAAAUUACUAUAAAUCUACGGAAAAUUAUAAUAAUAUAAAUGUACUGCUGUCUUCUCUCAAAGAAGAGAUCAUAAAUUUACAAGCAUACGUCACCACGUCUCCAUACUUACAAGAAACAUAUAACCGGGCUUUUUCACAAUUUGAAAAUCCACCAAUGUCGCACGUUGGUAUUUAUCCACAUAUACUUCAGCUUUGCUGUUCAGAAUCUUGGCACAGUGGUAAUCCUGCAGAAUAUUUCUCUAAUUACAAUAGCAAUGCUAUUUCUAUUGCCGAUAACAAAGAUGCCGUAGAAGCUUGUCUUCAAGGUAUCCAGAUUUUGUCAGCACAUUUAAAAUUUGAAGACGUUCCUUUGUCCAUGGAAGAUGAUUUAAAUGCAAUGAUUAUUGCAAGAAGUAUGCUUACAAAAGUGGAAGAUGAUACACAAUUUCUGAAUAUAUUGGACAGAGUGAUAAAGCGAUCCCAAGAAAAUCCAAAGUUUCUACAGUUCAAUUGUAACGUCUAUCAAGUGCCUUGGGAAGAAUUGACAACACCGCUGGAACUUAUUCGGCUACUCACCAAAUUAGUCAAAACAAUUCCCACAAAAUUAACAUUUGCUCACUGGGAUUUUAUUUUAAUAUCUGUUGCGUCUUGGCAACUGUCUGUAAAUAAGUCACAACGUUACUAUAAUGAUUUUAAUGCAAUAGCAUUGAUAAUUGCUGUCAGUGAAUUAUAUUGUGCAGUUCAAAAUUUAAUGUGUAAACAUGAAGCUGACCCAAUUGAAGAAUUGCCACCAACGUUAUUGGAUGAAUGGAAAAAUGUUUUUGCUGAUGAUUUGCACGUUGGUAUUACAUCAGCUUGGAUGCUAUAUGCAGAUUUAUCAAACAAAAAGGAUCUUUCUUUCACAUUUGUCAUUCCUUUGGAUUAUUUGGGUGAGGCCAUGCGAAAUAUUGAUAGUGGAAUAUUUUCAAGGAAACUUAACAGUACUCAAGUGCAAUCAAUCACGUCCGAUCAGAUCCUCAAACUGUCAUUGAAAUUGUUGCAAUCUCCAGUUCCAAAUUUACAGCUAAGCGCUUAUCAUGCGUCGAAACAUAUAAUUCCGGAAUUCGUUGAACGUGACAAAGUGAUAAUCGAAGCGGACAAUUUCAACCCUGAUACUUUGAAUAUAAAGAAAUUUGAAGGUGUACUUUUAUCUAUGCAAAAUAUAGUGAACACCAUGCUUAUGGAUUUCAAAUUAUGUGAAACCAUAAGCUGCACUAUUCAACCAUAUACUGAUUCCUACACUUAUACUGUAGGAUACUUAUUGGCAUGGGCUAUUGUUCUUGAUAUGUGUUCUAAUGCACAUGCAGAAUUGCGUUAUCAAUAUGCCGAAGUACUCAAAAAUGAUCCCUUUACAUGCCUAUUGAAUAAUCUAUUCAGAUUGAUGCCCGUUGAAGUAUUUCAAGAUAACAAAAACAAAGCAACAAAAUUGAUUGAAAUUUUCCGUACAUCUCCGUCUCUCAACUUUGCAGAGAGUUGGACUGAGGAAAGAUUGGAUCAUAUAGUAUGUUGGCUAUAUGCAAAUACUUUGAGACAUUUACCAGUACUUGUAAGGCAAUGGUGGAGUAUAGCUGAUAGUAGAGUUGGUGCUACCGUAGACAAAAUUACUACAUUCUAUGUUAGUCCUAUGCUUUGCCAGGAGGAGUUAUUUACCAAUAGAUUGAAAAAUGUAGAAAAUAUGCAGGUAAGAGUACAUCCAGCAGCUCGUGAAGUAGUAGCUGUGUAUCAAGUAGAAGAAAAUAAGCUUGAAUUAAGCAUGGUGCUCCCUAAAAAUCAUCCGCUGGGAGCUGUCACGGUAGAACCCAGCCAUCACAUUGGCGGUUCUGCCAACUUACGAAAUUGUCACAUGCAGCUCUCAAUGUUCCUCACGCAUCAGAAUGGUUCGAUUUGGGAUGGUCUUCUACUUUGGAAAACAAAUUUGGAUAAGAGAUUCUCAGGUGCUGAGGAAUGUUGUAUUUGUUUCAGUAUAUGUCAUAGCAGUACUUAUGCUAUUCCAAAACUCUCUUGCCGAACAUGUAGAAAGAAAUUCCACACAUCCUGCUUGUAUAAAUGGUUCAACACAAGUCAGAAGUCCACGUGCCCAAUCUGCAGAAACGUAUUUUACCGUUAACUAUGUGACCAUCAAAGUUUUUGUGACAUGAAAGAGUAGUAGUUAGCAUAUUUAACAGUUACCUCAUAAAGUAAUUAAAACAUGUUAAUUCUAUGUUUAGAUAUCAUAAAGCAUGUAUUUAAUCUUAUAAAUAAAUUGCGUUCGUGUACCAAAGAUUAUAAUAUUUGUAACGUGAUGUUCUUAAAAGAAAAUUAGAAAUACGGUAUAAUAAUUUACAAAACGUUUAUUUUCGACUCAUUUAAGAACUGGCAUUUUGCUACACAAAAUAGUACAAAAUUACCAAAUCGCGGGUGGUAUUUAUAAUAAAAAGAUAUAUCACAUAUAUUAAUGUAAAAAUAAAAGUUUGUACAUACACACUAGUAUUUCGUCACGUGCACAUCCGUAAAUAGUAUCGUAUCAACAAUAACAAGAAUCGUACAUAGAAGAAUUUUAACUUCAUUAUAAGAUUCACAAAAAAAUACUGAAAUUAAGUUUCGCAGACAUGUGGAUAGUAGUGUCUGAGAGAAGUCACGUCCACUAG